GUCGUUACGCUCGGUAUCGGUAAUGAUACAUGGGUUCGUAUCCGUGCUAUGGUUCGUGUCCGAACUACUCAGAUGGAGAUGGAGGGACUAUACCGGUCGCGCAAACAAUGGAAGAAGAAGAAGACGAUCAAAACAAUUGACAGAGGUCGAGUGGCUGUAGCACAUGUGGUAGGAUCAGUUUCCCGCCAUUCUUUACGUGAGUAAGUCAGAGUUUCGACAAAAGCCCGUUUAUCGCAGAUUAGGAACGUAGUUCAGGUUACAGCAUAUAUAUUUACAGGCUUCAGCCUCACACAGAUAGCAGAGCUAAGCUGGUGACGGUUUAGAAAGUGCCGUUGUACGCGGAGUGCGCACGAAUCCUCUAUUUGAUAAACCAGCAAAAACAAUAAAUCACGGGUGAACGCACAACAUUCCAAACACUAUAUUUGUCCUUUACGCUGAAGGAGACUUUAAUAUAACGAGACUGUGUAUAGGCAGAAGUCAUGGAAUCGGAAGCAGGAAAUCAAAUUCAAAACGACUAUACCAAGUUUUUCUACGCAACGAUGUGUCACGUGUGCAAACGGUUUGGCGACGGUGUCUCUUUGAAGCGGUGCAGUAACUGUAAGAUGAUCUCCUAUUGUAGUAAGGAACAUCAGAAGCAGCACUGGAAGCAGCACAAACCUUUGUGCAAAGCUAUACAGGACGCGCUGCUAGACUACAACAUGGAUUAUCGCGGUGAAACUACAAACGAAUGGGCCGAAAGAAAGAUGGCCUUCGCGAAGCUAGUGUCGUCCAGGCUGGGACGUCGUCUGCAUGCGGAUGAGAAGCAGAUGAUCUAUUUUCCAAAAGAGUGCCUAGUUUGCCACGAAUGGAAGUCGUUGAAGAGUUGUCAGAAGUGUGCGGCCAGUUUUUGUCAAAUUCACAAAAACAACCCUGACCACUGGGACAUCUGCGCUCCCCUGCAACUAUGUCUUGGCAUAGAUUUAAUUGAGAUAGGAGAGAUUCCGGAGCACAAACUUCCGUAUUUUGACUUGCAAGAUAAUCCCUGCGCGAGUACAUUUCAGAACAUGAGAGACUUUAUAAAGGCUAAUUGGAUUACUCAGGCUGACACAGAGGUGUUGUACACUGUCGCGGAAGACAAACUCUCAAAACGUCUGACGGGUCCCUUGACGCUGUUUUAUGCUGUGCAAAGGUUAAACUAUGUCCCAAAAAGCAAGGGUUUAGUAGUCGUUCAUGUUAUAGGUGCAAAUGUCAUCGACCAAGCCUUUUUAUGGGAAGUUUUUCUGGAGGUAAUGGUGGAGACCUUGAGAUCAGACAUAGAGAUAUCAGUAAAGAUUGUAAUGAUAGGGCCGGGCUUAAAAGAUAAAUUCGUUCCGUCACGCACUGAUGACUUUAUUGGGGCUGAAAUGUCUUAUGAGUACCACGACGUGUCGUACGAGAAAUACGUGCGCAGUCCGUCAUUCAUAAAACCGAACUUGAUCAUAGGAUUUAAUGUGAGUAUUGGUGAAAAAGAUGAUAAUAAGGAAAUAUCGGCGGCAUCCAUACAUGCGUUGGCGAGGCAGAGUUGUCCGUUCGUCUUGGCGUUCACUUUGGUGCAGUGUCUUCACAUUGGGAUGAGCAAAAUCAACACAAUCCUGGGUAAGGAGGUAGAUUAUCUCUAUAGCGGAAAGAACCCUUUCGCUUGUUGCAGACCGUAUAGAGGCUUUGGGUGUGUGAAGUAUACCAAUCAGUAUGUAGUUAUCUACCAAAGUCUUUGUUCGUAAAUAAUAUGCGUAAUUUAAGUUACCGAUACAAACUGAAGGCUGUGUUUCAUGCUGAAAAAAACGUUGCGUUGCGAAAUGAAAGAAUAUUUUGUUUAUCCCAUUCUGAAGAGAUAUGUGGCGGGGUGGACGCUGGGACGAGCGGACGAUUCUGUUUUGCUAGCGCAUGUAUGGAAUUUUACGUUUAAGAAAUGCAACGGAAGGGACGCAAAGAUAACUGUAUGAACUACAACCGCGAAUCGCGACGCAUUAUCACGAAAUAUUCUGCAAAAGACUAAAUUCGACACUCCGGAAUGUCUACUUAUAUUUAUAAUCCAAGAAGCUAUUAUUUACUUGUUGAAUCGAUUAUCUUAUAUCAGUCGAGCAUAAAUGGAUUAUAAAUAUAACAGGAGUGGAUGCGGUAACGUGAAGUAUUAUUACAAUGGCUUUUAGUUCUGUUUGUAAUGAAGACAAACCUUUUUUUUUUUUUUCGAUAAUUUUUAUAAUAAAAUUUAUAUCUUUGUAAUAAAUAUGUA